AUGAACUCUGGAGAGUGGCACACGGCUGCCCCGGCUCUCGUGCAAGUACCUGCCAGGUACUCCGUACCUAGGGCCGCACCACGCGAGCCCCCGCCAUGCAGGUACUGCUGCCGACCCAGUGGCCAAGUCCACGGUCUCUGGUCACCCAGACUGGCACUGUCUUCCAUCCCAUCCAGAUCGGCAAUGCCAGAAGCUUGGAGGCUGGAGCCAACUCGCGUGCUCUCAUGGGAGCUCAGCACCUUCACCAAGAAGACCGUCGUCGCUCUUCAAAUCUAG